AUGUCAGACGCCGAGUCGGUGCUCGACUCUCCCGUCGACUCGGACGGCGGCUUCGACCAGGAUUCCGACCUUCUCUCCGAGGUCGACGAGGACCAGUUCGAGGACUACGACCCGGAGACGGCCAACAUCGAGGACCGCCCCGUCGACAUCGACGAGGAUGUCGCUCGCACGCUAAAGGCGAGCAAGCGGAAGCGUGCCGAGGGCGAGGCCCCCAAGAAACCGAGGGAAGGUCGGCGCGAGAAGAAGCGUCGAGACCGCGACAGCCACGUCGCCGCCGACGAUGAGCCCGAUGCGGAGACCGAGAAGCCGCAGCGGAGACCGAGACGGGUCGGGGAUGAGGAGAGACGGCGUGCCAAGGCCGACGCGGCCACGAGGGCCCAGAACGACCAAGAUCUCACGCCGGAGCAGAGAAGGGCCAUGGCCAUCGAUCGAGCCCUGGACGCGGCCAUCAAGAAGCCCUCGGCCGGCAAGCGGAAACGCAAGGACGAGAUCGAUCUGGAAGACGAGAUCGACGACAAGCUCGCCGAACUCAAGAAGCGCAUGGACAAGGCGUGCGUCCAGGACAACGAGGCCCGGGGCGCCGGCCAGCCGGCCCUGCACAAGCUCAAGCUCCUGCCCGAGGUGGUGGGGCUCCUCAACCGCAACAACGUGCAGCACGCGGUGCUCGACCCCGACACCAACUUCCUGCAGCACGUCAAGUUCUUCCUCGAGCCGCUCAACGACGGAUCGUUGCCGGCCUACAACAUCCAGCGCGACAUCUUCAUGGCCCUGACGAAGCUCACCAUCGAGAAGGAGUCCCUGCUGAGCAGCGGCAUCGGAAAGGUGGUGCUGUUCUACACGCGCAGCAAGAAGCCGGAGCAGAGCAUCAGGCGCAUGGCGGAGCGCAUGCUCGGCGAGUGGAGCAGGCCGAUCCUGAAGAGGACCGACGACUACAAGAAGCGCCACGUCGAGACGCGCGAGUUUGACCACGAGUACGUCGUCCGCACCCACCUGUCGGGUGCACCUUGGCUGAUUCAUCCCAGGGCCGCCACGGCCGCGCAGCGUCGAAAGACGGGCUCGCAGUUUAGCCUCACCCAGCGCCCGUCCGUGUCCGCCCGCGACGCGUUCCUGGCCCCGUCCCGCGGCGACAACCAGGCGAGGAUGGGCCACCUGCCGCAGAGCUACACGAUUGCUCCCAUGAGCACCUUUGACGGCACGCGAGGACAGGAUCACCGGCCGCUCGGCGCCAACGGCAUGGAGGCCUUUAGGCGCAUGACGCAGAAGAAGAAGCGGGCGUAA